AUGGAGCCCAAGACGCGCGAUCCCACGACGCUGUCCAACUACGGCGCCUGGCGCACCAAGCACACCGCCGUCGACUUCCAGCUCGACUUUGAGAAAAAGUGCCUCAGGGGAUCCGUCGUCCUCCAGCUGGAGAACCAGACGGAUCAGCCGAGCGGCGAGGUCGUCUUGGACACGCGUUUUCUCAAAAUAUCUGCCGUCAAUGUCGAUUCGAACGAGGCCCGCUGGGAGCUGAAGCCGCACUCGGAUCCCUUGGGCGCUCCUCUGCACGUCUCCGUCCCCGAGGGGACUCCCAAGGGCCAGGUCAUCGACGUCGCCAUCGAGCUCGAGACGACGGACAAGUGCACGGCGCUGCAGUGGCUGACGCCCGCGCAGACGUCGAACAAGAAGCACCCGUACAUGUUCUCGCAAUGCCAGGCCAUCAACGCCCGCUCCGUAUUCCCUUGCCAGGACACGCCGGACGUGAAGUCGACCUUUUCCUUCAAGCUCACCUCGUCCCUGCCCGUCGUCGCUUCCGGCGUCCCCGUCGGCGACCACACGGCAACGCCGGGCACCGAAAAGCUCUACGAGUUUGAUCAAAAGGUUCCCAUCCCCUCGUACCUCUUUGCCGUCGCCUCGGGGGACAUUGCUACCGCCCGCAUCGGCCGUCGCAGCGUCGUCGCCACGGGCCCCAACGAGCUCGCCGAUUGCAAGUGGGAGCUGGAGCAGGACAUGGACAAGUUCAUGGACGUUGCCGAGAAGCUCAUCUUCCCCUACAAGUGGGGAGAGUACAACGUCUUGGUGCUGCCCCCCAGCUUCCCAUACGGGGGCAUGGAGAAUCCCAUCUACACCUUUGCCACGCCGACCAUCAUCAGCGGUGAUCGCCAGAACGUCGACGUCAUCGCCCACGAGCUGAGCCACAGCUGGAGCGGGAAUCUGGUUUCCAAUGCCAGCUGGGAGCAUUUCUGGCUCAACGAGGGCUGGACCGUCUACCUCGAACGCCGAAUUCAGGCUGCCAUCCACGGCGAGCCCGAGUUUGACUUUUCCUCCAUCAUCGGCUGGAAAGGGCUGGAGGACGCCGUCGAAAUGUUUGGCAAGGACCACGAAUACACCAAGCUGAUCAUCAGCCACGACAAUGUCGACCCCGAGGAUGUCUACAGUCAGGUGGCCUACGAAAAAGGUUUCCACUUCCUGUACUACCUCGAUCGACUCGUCGGCCGUGACAACUUUGACAAGUUCAUCCCCCACUACUUCACCAAGUGGUCGGGCAAGUCGUUGGACUCGUUCGAGUUCAGGGAUACCUUUGUCGACUAUUUCAACGGCCUCGGCGACGAGGAGCUGACCAAGAAGGUGGCGACGAUCGAUUGGGACGCCAGGCUGUACACGCCCGGACUGCCACCGAAGCCCGAGUUUGACACGACCAUGGUGACCAUGUGCUACGACCUAGCCGAGAAGUGGAAGGAUGCGUCCUUCGAGCCAAACGUCAAGGAUGUCGAGUCCUUCACCGCGAACCAGAAGCUCGUAUUCCUCGGCGAGGUGCAAAAGUCCGGCCCUCUCAGCGCCGAACGCGCUCAGCUCCUUGGCAAGGCGUACGACUUUAUCUCGUCCAAGAACGUCGAGAUCAAGACGGCCUACUACUUGGUCGCGCUCGAGGCCAACGACCCGACCUGCUACUACGGUGCAGCCGAGCUCCUCGGCCUUGUCGGACGCAUGAAGUUUGUGCGGCCACUGUUCCGCGCACUGAACAAGGUGGACCGGAAACUGGCGCUCAGUACGUUUGAACGAAACAAGGACUUCUAUCACCCUGUCGCAAGGGGCAUGGUGCAGAAGGAUCUGGGGAUUUAA